AUGGAACUAGUUUUGCAGGAUCUCCAGUGGCAUACUUGCUUAGUGUAUGUUGAUGACAUCAUCGUCUAUAGCGCUGACUUUAGCGAACAUAAGAGCCGUGUGGAUGAGGUCCUUUCAAGAGUGGGUGGGGCAGGGUUGAAAUUACGACCAGGAAAGUGCAAUUUACUCCAGACAGAAGUAACCUUUCUGGGACACAUAGAGUCUAAGGAGGGCGUGCGCCCAAACCCCAUGAACAUAGCGAAGGUUGCUGACUGGCCCAGGCCAACGACGGCAAAACAGGUGAAGGCCUUUGUUGCAACCGGAUCCUAUUACCGUCGCUAUGUGGAAGAUUUUGCAAAAAUCGCCAGGCCCCUGUCGGAGCUGACAAAGAAGGACGCUAUUUUUUAUUGGACCCCAGCUUGUCAGGUAGCUUUUGAGACCUUGAAAGAGAAGCUUACUGGUGCUGAUAUCAAGGGCUAUCCGCUAAAUGAAGGGGUGAGUUUUACCUGGACGUCGAUGCAUUUUUGGAAUUGGGGGAGUGUUGUCCCAAAUUCAGUCGGGUCGGGAAAGGGUGAUUGCCUACGCCAGUCGGUCAAUGAACAAGGCCGCGCAAAAUUACUGCAUAACGGAGAAGGAACUCCUUGCAGUGGUAAACGUUUUUCAAUAUUUCAGGCAGUACCUUUGAGGGAGGAAAUUUACAGUGCGUAG